AGCUUUGCUGCAGACAUCAUUCUACUCGUGGAGAGGAGACAGACCAGAGAAACAACUCGGCAACAAGAAAGUCAUUGCCGCCUUCUCACUGCAUUACACACAGAAAUGGUGGCAGUACCCCAAGAAAUAAAAUCCUUGGAGACUACACAACAGAGAUUCAGUUGGUCCCUUCAGGUUCCAGUCAAAGAGUUUGGGCCGAGCUUCUCAUCCUGAAGCCAGACGGAAACUGUGAUAUUGCUGGUUUGUUUUUAAGGUUUUAGGUACAUUUUGGAAAUAAGAAGCUCUUUACUGAAGGCUGAUGAGCAUGCUCCACAGGUCCUGCUCUGCAGGUCAAGAUUGAAGAGACGGGCAGAAUAACUGCAUUGAAUGUGAUUGCUAGAUCAGUUGAGGAGGCUUGUGCUCAGUGGGAAAUGAUUCCUCAUGAAGUCCCUGGAUUGCUUUCUUACAGCAGGUGUGACUUCCAGUGCGUUAGACUGAGAUCCGUGACGGUCAGACACUGAAACCAGUCAGUGAGUGGGUGGGAGGAACAGAUCACGGAGCGAGCAAACGACGAACCAUGAAGUCCAACCAGGAACGGAGCAAUGAAUGUCUGCCCCCGAAAAAGCGUGAUUUCCCUGCCAGCAACCUGCCAUCUGAUGAGAAGCCGUUGGUGGCCCCAGCCAGCGAGAGCCAGCGUGGAGAGAACCUGGCAUGGCUUGCCAGCGUGGCUAGCAGGCAGAACAACUCGGGUAGCAGGCGGCACAGCAGCACAGGGAUCCCAGCCGAGGCACAAGACGUAGCCUUGUACAAACCACUUCCUACCACGGUGGACUAUUCCUCUUCAGCCAUAGUUCCUAGGACGGAGGCUACCAUGGCAAUGCUCCCUACUGUGUAUCCUUCGACUCUCUCCCAGCCGGGGAUGCCAAUCUCUUCGUUGCAGAAUUCCCAGCUCCCACAUGCUUUACAAUUCAUUAGCUCGCCAUACCCAGGGCCUUACACCAGCUACAUCCCCUCGCAGCUCAUCUCUCCGACCGCAACCUCAACCACCACACCCUCUUCCCAACGCUCCCAGCUCGAGGCCUAUACUGCCGCUGUUAUGUCACAAGCACAGGCCUCCAACACCCAGCACCACCAACACCAACAGCACCACAUGGUCAGGACGCCUGGGUUGAUUGCAGCUGGGACACCGCCACCUUUUGUACAGCCGCCCAACCAGUACGUCCAGUUUGCAGGCUCACCUUCGGGCAUCGGCAGGGCUGUCUCCUCCCCUCCCACCCACAUCCCGCUUCACCUCCACUCCCACCCAGCUGUCAUCCCUCAUGCCCUCGCCCUUAGUGGAAAUUCGCAACUGGUGGUCCAUUACACAGAUGGACCCCUUUCUGCUGCUUCCCCUGCUAAGAAGCUCCAGGAAGACGGGCGGACACAAGAAGUUCUAAACGGCGAGAUGGAUAAGGGCAGACGCUACAGCCUGUCCCGUGAGGCCAGCCUCGGCAAGCCUAACAACGGGGGCAAGGGAGACCACCACCAUCACCACCAACACCAGCAGCAACAGCAGCAACAACAACAACAACACCACCAUUACGAGACCCGUCAUAUGGUGCUCUCUGCUGAAUACAACACACAGGAAACCUCAGGCAUACGGACGUCACUGAUGCUGGUCCCCAGUAGCCAUGCCUCUAGCAGCACAAAUUUAGAGGCAAUCAGGGAGCAGUCGCCUUCCUCGGUCACCCACAUCGAGAAGACCGGGCUGGGGAAGCCCAAUUCGAGAUCCUCCUCAUACACUCUUUCCUCCCCACAUCUUGGCUCAGAUGGCUUAAAGUCAACAGUUGCCACUCUUUCUCCUCACACCGUUAUCCAUACCACCCACAGCGCCACGGAGCAAAUCUCUAUGGGACUGUCUGCUGCAUCCUACUAUCCCAACGCUGCCCAACAGCCCAUCAUUGGCUACAUUGCUGGUAGUGGCCAGCAACAGCAGCAGCAGGCCAUCAGUUACCACACCAACGUGCCCCAGCACUUGGUCAUCCCUGGUAGCCAAUCUCUACUGAUCCCAGUGGGUGGUGGCAGUGGGGAGGUAGAAGCCGGGCCAACUAGCGUGACCUCAUCCCUGCAGUUUGCAGCAGUGCCUCACACCUUUGUCACCACUACAGUCCCCUUUGGGGCUGCAGAGACCCUAGUCAGCCAGCCAUCGACCACCUACCACGCAGCCAUGGUACAGGCACAGAUCCACCUGCCCAUGGUUCAGCCCAUGGCCACUGCCACACCUCCAAGUGUGCUGACACCUCCUGCUACAUCUUCCUCCCUGCCCCCUUACUUCAUGAAGGGUUCCAUCAUCCAGCUGGCAAACGGGGAGCUGAGGAAGGUGGAGGACCUUAAAACAGAGGACUUCAUCCAGAGUGCUGAGGUCAGCAGCGACCUGAAGAUAGACUCCAGUACAGUGGAGCGGAUCGAGGGUAGCCAGAACCCCAGCUUUGCCAUCAUCCAGUUUGCAGUAGGAGAGCACAGAGCUCAGGUCAGUGUUGAGGUUUUGGUUGAGUACCCCUUUUUUGUUUUUGGGCAAGGCUGGUCUUCAUGCUGCCCAGAGCAAACUACUCAACUGUUCAACCUGCCCUGCAUCAAGUUAUCAGUGGGAGAUGUCUGCAUCUCCCUAACCCUCAAGAACCUGAAAAAUGGCUCUCUGAAGAAGGGCCAACCUGUGGAUCCGACCAGCAGCCUCUUCCUGAAACCACCAAAGAACGACAGCCUAUACGGGAGCAGAGUCAGGUACGUGGAGCACGAGAACGGAGUCAGGCAGAGAGGAGGUGGUGGCACUGUCGGCACAAUCGGCACACAGACCAUCUCUGAAAAUGGAGAACUGAAGUUUCUUGAAAAGACAGGAGAGCUGGCUGAUUGCAGACCGCUGGUUAUCAAAACAGAAGCCAGCAGCAAGCCCACAGCCAGAAAGAGAAGGUGGUCAGCGCCAGAGAGCCGCAAAGUGGAGAAAUGGGAAGAGGAGCCUCCUUUGACUCUUCCCAGGCUCUCUUUUAUUCCUCAGGAGGUUAAGAUUUCCAUCGAAGGCCAAUCUAAUUUAGGCAAGUGAAGGCUCACAGGGACAUUUUAUGACGACGAUGACAGCGAAAAUUAUCCCUCAUUCAUGUUUUUUUUUUUUUUUCCAUCGAGAUUACUGUACUGUAGGCUACAUAACCGAGUAUUUACAUGUUAUCAUCUUAUGUUAGGUUUAUGUUAUAAUCUUGUAAUAGCUGCAUCUGAUAUUACGCAGGCAAUUGGUGCAUAUUUUUGUUUCGCAAAUCUUAGGCAGUAAUUCAAGGAUGUUGGCGCACCACUUGACUCCACAGGGAAUGUGAUUGGCAGGUCUGCAGCUCAUUUAAAGCAAUAUUUAUAAAAAAUAAAUUAUGUACUCACCCUCCCUUAUCCUUAGGCCUUGGUGUUGGAGCAAAAUAGAUAAACAGGGCUAGCAGAUGGCUGGAAUUCUGCAGUUACCACUUUAUAGUUUGUUAAACAUAACUUGAACAAGGAGAUAUGCAGAGCCUGUUCAACCAAACUUACUAACAUACAGUAUGUGAGGCUGAACUGUCAGUUUUGUUAACAUUUUAAACAUUACACUCUUGCUUAACAAGUUAUUUUUCUUGUUCCAGCUUCUGAUAAAGGAAUAUGAAAUAUGUUAUUUGCUGUUAUCUGUUUGAACACACCCCAAGCUCAGGUGUACUGCUGCACUAACAUGUGUGGGCUAAGUUAUGUUUAACAGUCUAUACUUGGUAUUUGGCAGAAAAAAAGACAAGGUAAAACAAAGUAAAAGAUGGGCUGGUAGACUUACUUAGGAACUGUUAAAAAGACUAUCUCUAGACUAUGAUAAGGUAGCUGUGCACCUAAGCUAUGGAAUUAACUGCUUAGAAGCAAAUACAAUCAAUUAACUGUUUGCAAUCAAGGUUAAAGAUUAAUUUAGUUGAGAAGGCCUUAUCUUUGCAGUAGUUUAAAGUCUGGUUUGUAAAGCCCCUGGGGAUGGCUGUACGUGAAAGGCGCUAUAGAAGAAUGAACUGUGAAGUGGGCCUUGGUUCAGAUCCAUGGAGUGGCUGGACGGAGUUACUUCCUUACCCACUUUCUCAUUCACAAGGCAAUGAUGCCUCUGGUAGGGUAGGCAUGAUGUCAGUCAUCCCCUGGAAUUUGAACUUGCAUCUCCCACGUUUCUUUGUGUGUUUAUUUUGAGAUCACAGACCAUGUAUUUCCUGAGAGGGGUGUGUUAUUUUAUAUACAAUGCACUAAAAGGAAAACAAAUACAUUUAUUAUGGGAAAUUUUAUUUAGUUUCAUGUUUACAAGUGGACAGUGCAGGAAAGGAACACAGACAGUGUGGAUGUGGUCUUAGUGUCUGUGUAUGCGAGUCAGAGACACUAAGUGCUUGUUGUGCAGCAGAGGCCUUACAUGAAAAGAAUCCAGACUGGCCAAGGGAAAGCCUUUCAUCAACACUCUAUAUCUUCUUCAUUACCACAAUUGUUUCCUUGUAAACCUGAAACAUGUCUAGAAAUUGUAUUUUUUUUUUCUUUCUACAGCGCAUUGUUUAUUACCUCCCUGUAUAUAGGAGACCCCGUUUAAACAUUCACAGAGGUAGCAGUAUCUUUACUUGCUGAUAACAAGCUUUUUGUUGGAUCUGCAAACUGGAGGGACCCAAAAGGUGCCAAUACACGUCUCACAAACAAUACAAGUGCGUGUGUAUGUGUGUGUCCUUAGCAGUUGUUUCUUCCCAAAGCAGGUUUCCAAAAACCAGGUCCAGAAAAGAUACAGAUGGUCCACUCAAAUGAAAAUUGCACAGUUAUAGAUAAAAAAAAUGAACUGCCUGGGUUUUCUUUCUUCUUUCUGAGUCUGCAGCACUAGCCUGUCACGUCAAUCAGGUAUGCAAGCAAUGUCAUUCGUCUCUUAGGAAAUGGAGAACGCUUUCACCAGUUGCUAUGGAUAAGGUGGAGAACGCUUUGUAUCGUUAACUCUAGUACUGGUUAUUUUUGUUGUUUUUUUUUUAAAAAGAAAACAGAAAAAAACCACAAUCAUCACUAUGGAUAACUGGUGCCACUUUUAACCUCUUUUCCGUUUAACAGAAGAUCAUGUGACACACAAGAAAAGGGUUAGGGGUGAAGAGAAUGUCUUUAAGUACUUAAAAUAUCUGUCACGCCUACUUGCUUAGAAUUGUUGUUUUAAUGUAAUUUUGGUCUGAGUAUUCUGUAUGUCAUUUAUCAGUUUAUCUAGAAGAAUAAGAAGAAAAAAACACCUUCAGUAACACUGUUACCUACAGAAAGACAGAAAGUAAAGGGUGAUAUGUGGGGUAAAAGGGAUGAAUGUGAACACUGAACUAGUAUGUGACAGCAAAAAAAAAGUCUGUGGGACUGCUUUAGAAGAGGCACUUUCAGGGGCUCUAAUCAACAUAGCAUGAGGGUCAAGGAAG